AUGGAGGCAGAAGUGGUGGAGGCAGAGCUUGUGUUGCCAAGCUAUCUCAGUUUUAAAAGAGUUCAAAUGUACGAGAAAUAUCCGAAAGGCCAAGCCAGAGGCAGGCACUGGAAACAUCUGAAGCAGAUAAUUCAAGCUGAGAAUUAUCAGAACUACCCCCCUGAUGAACCCAAUUAUGUCAAUAUUGAGUCGCCUCCGUCUAUGCAUCCCUGCAAGAGAAUUUGCGAUAUUACGGGCUAUGAGGCUCCUUACCAUGAUCCUAGAACUAAUCUUCGAUAUGCAAAUACUGAAGUUUUCAAAAUCAUCAGAUCGCUUCCUAAUGAGUAUGUUCAAAGAUACCUGGCUCUAAGGAAUGCAGCAAUUGUUCUUAAGUAG